AUGAUUUGGUUCAUCGGGCCAUAUUUGCUCCUCCUCACCCUCCAAGGAGUCUCAGCUUCGCCUCCUGAAGCCCGGCUGAUCAAUGAUUUAUUAUCCGGUUAUGUGAAAGAAGAGCGCCCAGUGCUUGAUAGUAGUAAACCUGUUGAUGUCGUCCUUGGAGUUAUCAUGCAAAAUAUAAUUAACAUGAAUGAAAAAGAAGAACAACUCGAAGUGAAUGCUUGGCUUAAAUACCAAUGGACAGACGAGAACCUACGUUGGGAUCCGGAGCAUUAUGAAAAUGUGACGGAUCUACGGCAUCCAGCUGGAAGUGUUUGGCAACCAGAUAUAUUACUUUAUAAUAGUGUCGACUCCUCUUUCGAUUCCACCUAUAAAGUAAAUAUUGUUGGUUAUUCAAAUGGCAUUAUGGAAUGGCUGCCGCCGGGAAUUUUCAAAAUCUCCUGUAAAUUGGACGUGACCUAUUUUCCAUUUGAUACCCAGAUGUGUUGGUUUAAGUUUGGCUCCUGGACUCAUAACCCUCGACAAGUAAACCUGAGAGAAGGAGAAUUCGAUUUUUCGGAAUAUAUGGAAAAUGGAGAAUGGAUUGUUGACAAAGCCUGGUCAAACAUGACAUUACGAGAAUAUGGAGACGAUUUGUAUCAAGCGGUCUAUUUCCAUAUGAAGCUGAAGCGACGGACGUUAUAUUACGCAUUUAACUUAAUUAUGCCGUGCUGCAUCACGAUGAUUUUGAAUGUUCUCGGGUUUACAUUAAGACCAGAAUCCGGCGAAAAAGUUGGGCUGCAAAUUUCCGUUUCCCUCGCGAUUUGCAUUUUUUUGACGAUGAUGAACGAAAUGACACCUCAAACGUCAGAAGCUGUUCCGUUAUUAGGCAUUUUCUUCCAAAGUUGUAUGGUGUUGUCGGUAUUUGCCACGUUAUUCACUGUCUACGUACAAAGCUACCAUUUUCGAGUCCACCAAAAUACUCACCGGAUGCAUUUUUGGAUGCGAUAUUUCCUAUUGGAAUGGGCGCCAUAUGUCAUGAGAAUGGAGGUGCCGCGGAGGAAGAACGAUUUGAAAAGCCUACGUCAAAGCUGGGCGGAGCGGAAACGGAAACAAGAGGAAGAAAAUAAGACAGCUUUUGACUAUACAACCGGUCCUCUGAAACUUAUGGCCGCGAUGAGCAACACGAUGAAGGAUAAUUUUGAUAAUCUUAUGUUUCAGGUAAAAGUCGAUGAGCAACAACAUAAAGAUUCGGCAUUGGCGAAGAGGCUGACUGUUUUGGAGAAAAUUUACAACCAUGUGAAGAUGAUCCGAGAACACGACGACGAUACGCAUGAAGAUAAAUUGGUUGAAAGCGAAUGGAGGUUUGCCGCACUGGUGGUGGAUCGUCUUGGGUUGAUCAUCUUCUCCUUAAUGCUGCUUGGUACCGUGUUGUGGAUCGUCCUCACAGCUCCAUAUCUAUUUGCA